UUGAAUUUGUUGUACAGUAUUCGCGAAGUCUGAUCACUUUUUUCCGUGAGGGACGUAUUAGCUUAGAGCUAAAGCUAAGCUUCUUCUUCUGUUUUUUUUCAAGGCUCUUUGAGCGUUAAGAUGCAGCCUCUCGAUCCUAUAACUUUGGCUAUCAUUGCAGUUGUUGUAGCAAUCGUGCUUUCUGCACUUCUUUUACUACUCUUUGCAACUCGCGAGGAGCGAUAUGAGGAUGUUCUCGCAGCUCAGCGCUCUGAACAAGAGGCUUACAUGGCUCGCACUGCGUCUACAAAGCCCGUGAAACAGCGGAAGAAGUCUGGAAAAGGAAAGAAAAAGUAUUCAGAUGAUGGAGAAGGACAGGAGGAGGUUUCAUCUCUCCAAGUGGAGGAAACGAUCGAAUCGAAUGUGGAGAUAUCGAGAUCAAGUAACCUUGAUACUAUGCCUGAUGAUGAAUUCCUUUCCGAUCGUCCUGAAGAAAAGAUUCCCACAACCGAAGAGAAGCCUGGCUCUGGAACUGCAAAAGACCGGCAAGGGAAAAAGAAGGCGAAGAAAGCUGUAGUAAAAGAAGACACGAGUUCCGUGACCGAUCGACAUGUAGUUCUCGACAAACCACGUGAGGUGGCUGAAGAAAUGGUCUCCGAAGUUGUUGAUUCUACAAUCGAAAGCGAACCUGAUAAACCCGAGGAUUUCGAAAAUGAGCAGCCGAAACCCCUGAACAGCAGUGAAACAGCAGCUCCCGCGAAGAAGUCUAAAAGCAAACCCAAAACAACAAAAGAUAGGGACCCCAUUCAAGGUGAGGUGAGUACUAAACGCCUCAUGGAAAUGGUGACAGCUUCAAACCUGAACUCAACUGAAAUUCAAUCUCUGAUUGAUGUUCUGCUCAACAAGCAAGGAGAAAAUAGUCAGUGGAAGAAGUCAUCUUCCAAAGGUGAUACAUUGGAGUUGUUGAAGAAACAGCUUCAGGAAAAAGAGACCCAGAUAUCAGAAGAGCGUCAACAAUCUCAGAAUGCUGCUAAUAAGCUAAGGGAGUUGAGGGAUGAACUACAACAAGAAAAGCAAAAACUGAAGAAUCAACAAACUAAUGCAACAAGUAAAAUCAAUGCUCAGACCAAAGAGAUCCAAGCUCUCCAAGCUCGCAUGCAGGCUUCUCAUGAUAGCCAUGCAUUGGAGGUGCAAACUUUGCAAAGUCAGUUGCGCCAGCUGCAGGAUGUGGUGGCAUCUUCAUCUGUGGGUAAUGUUCAACGCCUUCAAGAGGAAAAUGCUCAGCUGAAGAAUGCAUCCAUGAGAGCAACACAACUAACUGCAGAUAAAGAAUCUCUUACCACAGAGCUGACGAAACUACAGCAAACAUACCGUCAUGUUAAGGGAGAACUUAGUACCAAAGUUGAUCAGUUAUCAAAGAGUGAAGAGCAAGUUCGGCAGUUGACAAUUCAUCAGAGCAGUGUGAAAGAGGCAGAGAAUGUGUUAUCAAAGCGACUGGCUGAAGUGAAUGAAGAGCUUCAUAAGUCUCAGGCUAGAAACACUACAUUGCAGAAAGAUCUGAACUCAACAGCACAAGCUCUCAGAGCUGAAGAAGCCAAAACAUCUGACUUGAAGAAGCGCAUGAGUGACCUUUCAGCUGCUGACUCAAACCAAGCAGAUGCUCUGAACUCCUUGACAGCCAAACUUCAGGAAGCAACAGCAAGGGUUUCUGAGCUGGAAAAAAUAUGUUCUGAUGUAGAAGUUCAGUUGAAGAAAUCACAAGAAACUCAAACACAAAAAGAGAAAGAGAUACAAGUACUUCAGGAGGAACUUAAAUUGGCAAAGGAGAGUGUGCAGACUUCUGUUGCAAAUCAUGUGAACAGUGCAGCUCCUGCUGAGAAUGGCAGAGAACCUAAUGUGUCUGCAAAGAUCCAGGAAGAUGCGCUAAAGGUCAAGGAGGAUGUCAUCGCUGAACUCCAUGGCAAUGUGAUCAAGAAAGAUGAAGAAAUUGCCAGUCUCAAGAGCCUCUUAGAUGAACAAAAGAACAAAAAUAAUGAGCUUCGAAAGAAGAACUGGAAGGCUAUGGAAGCCGUAAACGAUGCCGAGAAAAAUGCUCAGGCGCAAAUUAAUAAGGCUCUUGAGGCAGCCAAGGCUGCAAAUGAUGCUGUGGCUAACGGACAGAGUGAUGUUGUGAAGGAAAGAGAUGAUGCAAUAACAAAACUCAAGGAAGAGCUCAAGGAGAAAAAGGACGAAUGUAGCAAACUAGAAAAUGCUGUACAACAACACAAGGAUAAGAAUAAUGAAUUACGUGAAAAGAACUGGAAGGCAAUGGAUGCAUUGUCAGAAAUGGAAAAAAGUGUAAACAGUAAAAUCAAGAGUGCUGUACAAAGUGUCAAGGAUGAAAACAAGACUAUUUUGACUGAAGAACAAAAUGAGACAAAGGCAGUCCUUUGUAGAGUUCAUCCAAAUGUCAUGGUAGACACCACAUUGGCAUACAAGAAGUGGCUUGGGGAGUUUGAAAAACAAGCAUCCAAAUCCUCUGGCGAUAGUGAAGAGUUGGAAGAGCUUACCAAAAAGUUUGAAGAAGUACAGGCACAGAAAGACACUUUGGUAGCAGAAUGUGCUCAUUACAAAGUCACACUUCAAGAAACAGAGUCCUUGCUUAGAAAGUUAGAAGACAAUGUUGAAUCUGAAAUGGACAACUGGCAAAAGAUUGUAGAACGAACUCAAAGAGAACUUAAAGAGGCCAAUGAUAGAAUAUCAACAUUAGAAGGAGAUCUUCAAAAGACCACAGGAUCAGCUUCUUCUCAGCUGGACACAAUAGCAUCUUUAGAGCAACAUCUCAAGGAGGCCAGGGCUGCUGAGAGUGAAGCAAAGCAACGAUUCUCUGAAUUACAGGAACAGCUCUCAAAAUCUACAGUCUCUGAAGACAGUGACAAAAUAAGAAAUCUUGAGAAAGAACUUGAAGUGCUAAGAGCACAAGAUAGAGAACUUACUGAUACAAUUUCCAAGCUAGAAUCCACAGAAAAAGAUCUUAUAAAGUGCAAGCAGCAAAGGGAAACUUCAAUCAAAGAAAUUGCUGAACGUGAUAAUGAAUUGAAAACAGCCAAGGGUGAGCUUGCCAAGGUUCAAAGCUCAGAAGAUGAACUAAAGAAGAAAGUGGCAUCACUUGAGGAGGCCUUAGCCAAGGCAAAUAAUGACCUUGGAAAAUCACAGGAAUCACUUGACAGUUUAAACAACAGCCCUGACAAGAAAAAAAAGGGACUGAAAGGAGCACUGAAUAAAGUAAAGAACAAGAAGGAUAAAGAAAAGGAUGACGGUAAACUAGAGGAGGCUGAACGAAGGAUAUCUGAACAGCGAGCAGAGAUUGAUGAUCUCAAGAAUUCUAAACAAGAAUUGGAAAAGCAGCACAAAGCGUUAGAAGUUGAAUACAAAGAGUUGAAGAGACUUUCAAUUUCUGUUGAAAGCGAACUGGCUUCAUCGCAACAGAUAGAAAAAGAUAUUUCAGAAGCAAUGAGUGAGACAGCUAUAAGCCCCGUCAAGCCCCGCCCUGCCCCCAGUGACAACUCACUCAAACCUCAGUUCCGUGGGACAUUGAAACCAGCAGAUAACUUCGAUGCCUUAAAAGACGCAGAAGCUUUGAGGAAAGCCAUGCAGGGCUCUGGAAGUGACAAAGACGCAAUUGUGGCCAUUCUUGGAGCUCGGUCAAAUAAACAGAGACAGGAAAUUGCGGCCAAGUACCAGCAGAAGUACAACAAGAACCUCACGGAUGACUUGAAAUCAGAACUGAGUGGAAAGUUCCAGGAUGCAGCAGUCGCUUUGAUGGCCGUUCCAGAAAAUUACGAUGCAGUUUCUCUUCAUGACGCCAUGUCGGGACUUGGAACUGAUGAACAGGUCCUCAUAGAAAUUUUAAGUUCACGGACUUACGAGGAACUUCAAGUAAUGAAGUCAGCAUAUACGAAAAUUUAUACCGGUAAAGAUGUGCUUAAAAAGAUCAAAGAAGACACUGCUGGGGAGUUCAGGACAACUCUUAUGAACUUGAUAGAGAAAAAUCGAGAUAGCAACGAAAAGGUAAAGGAGGACCUGGCAAAGACGGAUGCCAAGAAACUCUUUGAGGCAGGGCAAGGCAAAAAGGGAACAGACAAAGCAGUAUUUGUCGAAGUCCUUACAAGCAGAAAUUAUGCACAACUGCGAGCCACCUUAGACGCCUACAAAACUUUGGCCAAAAGUGAUCUCAUGGAUUACAUCAACGAGCACCUAAAAGGAGAUUUGCAGAAUGUCUUCAGGGCGAUAGUCCGAUGCGCUCAGGAUCCAGCUCUGUUCUUCGCUGAGGUGUUGGAAAAGGCGCUGGACAAAGGAAGCAGUAAAAAUGUUACACGUGUGCUGGUGACAAGAUCAGAAAUUGAUCUGGCUGAUAUAAAGACUCGGUACGAAAAGAAGACCGGACAACUUCUGAAAGAUGUUGUAGCGAAGAAAAUGAAAGGAGACCUCGAGAAAAUUCUUCUACAACUUCUGGGCAAUUGACGAAAGGGCAAGGGGAAUUAAGACGGGUUACACCCGUUGUUCAUCUAGCCUUAGUUAAAAUUGUCUAAAAUUUAAAUUUGAAAAUGGAAUUUUGUUGUUCGUUUGGGUUCCUUGUGAUGCAUCAUUGUUACGCACUGCUGUUUUCGUUUCGUCCAAUCCUAGCAAGCGCUCGGUCAUGUUGAACCGUGAGCAUGUCAGGGAGAUUGAGACAGGUUUUACAAUAUUUCUGUGUACGUGUCAUUUUAGUGCGAGCAGAUUGCAACACAAGGAAUCCAAUGUAAUUCAAACUUCAAAACACGUCUUAUCAUACAAAAUAACAAUAUUACAUCUUGCUCCGGACGAAUCUUCGGUGCUCGAAAUAUUUUUUGAAUUUCGCCUCUUACAUAAGUUAGGCUUUGUACUAAAUUAUAUAUAAAGCAAAUUGUCUUUUGGGGCACAACCCCCAAGGAAAAGCGUAGACGUUAAUUGUAAUGAAUUUGACCCCAUCUUUAAUUGAUUAAUUACUAAAAAGGCGGAUUAGUGGAGAAUUAAUAUAAAAUAAUCAAACCAGAAUUAAUUUGCGUUAUUUCCUGAGCGUUAAAGUCGCGUAUCGUUUGAAAUUCAAAAGAAAUUUAGACGUUUUAUUUUGAUUCAAUUGUUAGUGUCAUGGUAGCUUUAGAAAAUUGGUGUGAUUGCAGUGAACAUUGUUGUUGGUGGCUGCAAAGAUCGGGUGAUAUUUAUUCUUCUUUUGCUGUUUUAACAACCAGCUUUGUUGGACAGAAACGGUUUACACUGUGUAGAUAGUAAGCACAAUUCGAAAACUUGAAAGCCAGUUCUGAAGGGAGUUCCUCUGAGCUGCUGUAGAUCCAGUUGAAAAUUUUGUAGAGUACUGAAUAAAACUUUCGUAUUUCUGCCUCACUUAGAAACACUUCACCGAAUCGAUAGUUACCGUUCCUAGGAAUGAUCAUUGCCUAAAUUUUUCCAUACAAUUUCUAAUAAACCCUCCAACAGACAGGCAGCAAGAGGCAAGGCAAUUAUAAAUUGUGGGUUAUUGCCCGGAUACAACAUCAAAUAAUAAGGAGAAGUUGAAGUUCUUUGAGGACGCAGACGACGCCUCCUGGUGAUAUGCCAUCGUCACAAGUUUUAGGGAUUUCCGAAGUAGACAUGAAAACUUCAAGACUGGACGGAUUUAAAUUGCAGUAUUCGUUGUGCUUGUUGAGGGUUUUUUUCAAAAGUGGUUCGCGUCUUCCCUUGCUUGAUUUAAAACAGACAUACUACGCGAUGUAGUAAAAAUUAACUCGGUGGAGACUAGUAAUGUCUCGGAGAGUUUGGUUUGUAGUAGAUAAGUUUAAAGUUGUCAAGAAAUAAAGCACCAACGGUGAGAUUGUGUUGUUAACCUCA